AUGGAGACUUUUGGAGGGUUUCGCAAGGAAGAUGAUGAGCAGAUGGAUUUGCCACCUGGAUUUAGGUUUCAUCCAACAGACGAAGAGCUCAUAACCCACUAUCUACACAAGAAGGUUCUCGACAUCGAUUUCUCGGCUAAAGCUAUUGGUGAGGUGGAUUUGAACAAAGCUGAGCCAUGGGAGUUGCCGUAUAAAGCAAAAAUGGGUGAGAAAGAAUGGUACUUUUUCUGUGUGAGGGAUAGAAAGUAUCCGACCGGUCUGAGGACUAACCGGGCAACUCAAGCCGGUUAUUGGAAGGCAACCGGUAAGGAUAAAGAGAUUUUCCGAGGCAAAUCGCUUGUGGGAAUGAAGAAAACACUUGUCUUCUACAGAGGAAGAGCUCCAAAAGGCCAAAAGACAAAUUGGGUGAUGCAUGAGUAUAGGCUUGAUGGGAAACUCUCUCCCCACAACUUGCCCAAAACCGCUAAGAAUGAAUGGGUUAUAUGCAGAGUGUUUCAUAAAACGGCUGGAGGCAAGAAGAUCCCAAUUUCGACUCUAAUCCGAAUCGGUUCUUACGGAACCGGGUCCAAUCUACCACCCUUAACCGACUCUUCACCAUACAAUGACAAAACCAAACCCGAACCGGUUUACGUGCCCUGCUUCUCCAACCAAGCUGAAACCAGAGGAACAACACUUAAUUGCUUCAGCAACCCUGCCCUUAGCUCGAUCCAACCUGAUUUUCUCCAGAGGUUUCCACUCUACCAACCUCAAUCUCUCAACAUUUCCGAGAAUCUUCAGCGUUCCAACCAGGUUCUUACGCAAGAACAGUCGGUUUUACAAGAGAUGAUCGAGAACAACAGAAGGCAGAGCUUCAAGACACUGAGCGUCUCGCAGGAAACCGGAGUUUCUAAUACGGAUGUUUCAUCGGACUUUGAAUUUGGGAGGAAACAGUUCGAUCAUCAAGAAGUUCCGUCUUCCUCCGCCGGUCCGGUUGAUCUUGAACCUUUCUGGAAUUACUGA